UAGCAGGGGUGGUUGCCCGCUGCUUGAGGGGGGAGCAAGAUGGCGGCGGGCGAGUCGGCGGGGCGCUACCGGAGCGCGAUGAGCAGGAGCAAGGACCCCUCGGGGCUGCUCAUCUCCGUCAUCAGGACUCUGUCUACGAGUGAUGACGUUGAGGACCGAGAGACCGAGAAGGGCCGCCUGGAAGAAGCCUACGAGAAAUGCGACCGGGACUUGGACGAGCUCAUUGUCCAGCACUACACCGAGCUCACCACUGCCAUCCGCACGUACCAGAGCAUCACGGAGCGCAUCACCAACUCGCGCAACAAGAUCAAGCAGGUGAAGGAGAAUCUGUUAUCGUGCAAGAUGCUGCUGCACUGCAAGAGGGAUGAGUUGCGCAAGUUGUGGAUUGAAGGGAUCGAACACAAACAUGUCCUGAAUUUGCUGGAUGAGAUUGAGAACAUCAAGCAAGUACCCCAGAAGCUGGAACAGUGCAUGGCCAGCAAGCACUACCUCAACGCAACAGACAUGCUGGUGUCAGCAGUGGACUCCUUGGAGGGUCCCCUUCUUCAGGUGGAGGGGUUGAGUGAUCUGAGGCUGGAGCUCCACAGCAAGAAGAUGAACAUGCACCUAGUCCUGAUAGAUGAGUUACACCGUCAUCUUUACAUCAAGUCAACUAACAGGGUGGGACAGCGCAACAAGGAGAAGGGGAGAAUCAGUUCACUUGUGAAAGAUGCCUCUUCUGUACCUCUUAUGGACGUUACCAACUUGUCUACACCUCGCAAGUUCCUUGAAACAUCCCAGUUCAGUACUCCUGGAAGCUCCAGCAGUGAGUAUUUGUCAGUGCGAGAAACGAGCCUUCUGGAAAUUAAGGAAGAUAUGGAUCUGGAUCCAGAGGAGAACAGCACUGUCUUCAUGGGCAUACUCAUCAAAGGGCUGGCCAAGCUGAAAAAAAUCCCUGAAACAGUGAAAGCCAUCCAGGAUCGCCUAGAACAAGAACUCAAGCAGAUUGUUAAGCGCUCCACAACCCAGGUGGCAGACAAUGGUUACCAGAGAGGGGAAAAUAUUUCCCAGGAAAAUCAGCCUAGGUUGCUGCUGGAACUGCUAGAGCUUCUCUUUGACAAAUUCAACGCUGUGGCUACUGCACACUCUGUCGUCCUUGGACACCUUCAGCAAACAGUGGCCUCUCCUUGCAGCCAGUAUGAUGGUGAUAUCAAGCUCUACGACAUGGUCGAUGUGUGGGUGAAGAUCCAAGAUGUCUUGCAGAUGCUGCUGACGGAAUAUCUGGAUAUGAAGAACACCCGCACCGCCUCGGAGCCAUCCACCCAGCUUAGCUAUGCCAGCUCGGGGAGAGAAUUCGCAGCGUUCUUUGCGAAGAAGAAACCACAAAGGCCUAAAAACCCUCUGUUCAAGUUUGAGUCCUCUUCCCAUGCUAUUAGCAUGAGUGCCUAUUUGCGUGAGCAGAGGAGGGAGCUGUACAGCAGAAGCGGAGAACUUCAAGAUGCACCAUGGCUGAGAUCCGUGUGGUUUUGGGAUAGAGUUACCAUUGCUGUGGCACUGAGCCGAGGAGGAGGACCGGAUGAUAACUUAAUUGAAGGUGGAGGAUCCAAGUUUGUCUGCAAACCAGGAGCCAGAAACAUAACCAUCAUCUUUCAUCCACUCCUCAGAUUCAUCAAGGAGAUAGAGCACGCCAUGGAGCUCGGCCCAGCCAAACAGUGUCCUCUCCGUGAGUUCCUCACCAUGUACAUCAAGAACAUCUUCCUCAAUCAGGUCCUGGCUGAGAUCAAUAAGGAAAUCGAAGGAGUCACGAAGGCAUCUGAUCCCCUGAAGAUCCUGGCUAAUGCAGAUACCAUGAAGAUCCUAGGGGUGCAGAGGCCUCUCCUGCAGAGCACGGUGAUCGUGGAGAAGACUGUCCAAGACCUGAUGAACCUGAUGCAUGACCUGAGCGCAUAUUCGGAUCAGUUCCUCAACAUGGUGUGCGUGAAGCUCCAGGAGUACAAGGACACCUGUACCCUUGCCUACAGGAGCAUUGUGCAGUCGGACGAAAAGCUGGUGAUCAGCGCCUCCUGGGCUAAAGACGACGAUAUUAGCAGGCUCCUGAAAUCCCUGCCCAACUGGAGCAACAUGGCUCAGCCCAAGCAACUGAGACCCAAGAGAGAAGAGGAGGAAGACUUUAUAAGGGCUGCUUUUGGCAAAGAGUCAGAAGUUCUCAUCGGCAACCUGGGAGAUAAGCUCAUCCCCCAACAGGAGAUCCUGCGGGACGUCAGCGACCUGAAGGCCUUGGCCAACAUGCACGAGAGCCUGGAGUGGUUAGCAGGUCGCACCAAGGCAGCCUUCUCCAGCCUGUCAGCCACCCAGACCAUGUCUCCUGGCCAGGACAGCCAUGCCAGUAUGGAGCACCUCCCUGCGUCCGAACAGAUCCUGCAAACCCUGAGCGAGCUGGCCAGGUCUUUCCAAGAGAUGGCUGACCGCUGCCUGCUGGUUCUGCAUUUGGAAGUCAGAGUUCAUUGCUUCCACUACCUGAUCCCCCUGGCUAAACAAGGGAACUAUGCCAUCGUCGCCAACGUGGAGAGUAUGGACUACGACCCCCUGGUUGUCCGGCUCAACAAGGACAUCAGUGCUAUCGAGGAAGCCAUGAGCGCCAGCCUCCAGCAGCACAAGUUCCAGUACAUUUUCGAAGGUUUGGGCCACCUCAUCUCCUGCAUUCUUAUCAACGGCGCCCACUAUUUUAAGCGCAUCAGUGAAUCUGGCAUCAAGAAAAUGUGCAGGAACAUCUUCAUCCUGCAGCAAAACCUGACCAACAUCACCAUGUCCCGUGAGGCUGACCUGGACUUUGCAAGGCAGUAUUAUGAGAUGCUCUACAACACAGCAGACGAGCUCUUAAACCUCGUGGUGGAUCAAGGCGUGAAGUACACAGAGCUGGAGUACAUCUACGCCCUGAACUUACUCCACCGGAGCCAGACGGGUGUGGGAGACCAAACCACACAGAAUAUGAGGCUGCAGAGGUUGAAGGAGAUCAUCUGUGAGCAAGCUGCUAUCAAACAGGCCACCAAGGACAAGAAAAUCACCACUGUUUAACUAAGUUGCUCGUCUUUAGUGAGCAGCAGGGGCUGUCAGGUUGCAGGGCCAAGCUUCUGCGUUUCUGUUAAAAUUGGUGGCAAAAGCGUGAAUCUUCUUGGGUGGUAGCCUGCUAGUGAGAAGGGAAAUGCCAUUUGAAAUUUGGUUUUGGGGUUCUUUGGGGGGUUUCGAUGUGUAAUCACGUAAUGCUUCCUUAACGCCUUCUCCCAAGAGUGACUGCACUGCAGGAGGAAGAGGCUUUUUGGCGGAGAUGUGGGUGGGAUAUUGGGCUUUGCUCUGUCGCUGCUGCUUUGCCUUGAGAUGCAAGGCAAGCUGCUCUCUCUGGGGGAAUGGGAAAAGAGAUUUCAUUGGGUUAGGCCAGAGUCUUCGGUGGAAGUUCAGACCACACUAAAGUAAACAGCACCGUGAGAAUUAAGUGCAGAUCUGUUGAUAACCUGGGAUCUUGAUGACUUUGAAGCUGUUCCACCACUGUUGCCACAUGGGAAGCCUAUUUCAGCUUUGCCUGUACUAUUCUAAGUGACAGUUGUAGAUGCAUUUAGUUUUCUGCUCUUUCCACUGCAAAGAGAUCUAGUUGCUUAUUCCUACAGAUAGUAGUAAUAAGCCAGUUCUUGUAGUGGGAGGUGACGUGGGACCAUUUGUUUCCACUUCUACUUUUUCAUUAUCACAGAGCCAGAUGGCAUCAGUUUCUGCAGCUCAUACUGCACUGGAUGAUGGUGGAUGUAGGAGAAAAUUGCCAAUAUAAGGCAACAGCAGAACUUAAUUCUCUUUUUCUGAAUAUAUCUUUUGAGUAUGCUUAGCUCAGAAGAUAUUUUGUAAUCACCAUUUGAUGCACUGGAAGGACACACAGGCUUACGUAGGCUCAGUGCUAAUGGUCAGCAAGGGCAGGAGGAGGGUAGAUCCCAGCUCUGCAGUAUGAAGCAAGCUCGGGUCACCAGUUCUGCCUUGCCACCUGGUAAAAGGCUCUCGAUUCACCGAGGCUGAUGAGUUUGUGCCAACCCUCCAAACCAAGAACACACUGCACUUGUAUUUGGCAGGUAAAUAGUCAGCCCAGCUGGGUUUCACGUCCUGAGAUGGAUUCUCUCUCAGCUGUUUAACUGCUUGUGCAUCAGUCUUGAAACUUCAGAAUUAAAGGAUAUGUAAAGACUC